AUGAAAUUCCACCCCUACGGCACAUUGUGCAUCUGCACCGUACUGAGCGAUGUCAGCUCCGCCAUCGACAUCCCGAAAGCAUGGACCCUGGUCGGCACCAUCGGGGCGAGCGUGCUAACAACCAAGUACGGCACGCCCGGCAAUGGGGUGAUUGUGUCCGCCGGCCUGGGAACCAUCCAUCUGAUUGAUACGAUCCGCGAAUGCGUCCCCGCCGGGAAAUCUGGUGACACUGAAGAUGCCAUGACCUGCGCGGAGUCGGUGGUCUCGGCGGCCGUUCAGUUCGGUAUGGCUGUCAAUAACUACCAGCAGGUCGGCUAUUGGACCUCCAAACGCGAGCAGGGAGGGCACGAGGAUUUUGCCUACCUUGACGACUACUUCCGUCAGCUGGGCGACGGCGUCGUGAUCUCGGAUGUCUACUACGAAGGGAUCCCGCUGAACGGAACGCACCUGCCGCAGACGGUGGUGCGCCGGGGUGAAGAGGGGGAGGCGGCGGCGGUAACGAUCCGGGCUCUGCACAACGCCAGUAUGCCGCUUAGCUUCGUCUAUCAGAACACGCGCGCGAACCAUGUGCCGCUCCUGGUGGCCACUAACGGCUCCCACUACCAUAUCGGUCAUCUGGCCCCCGUCGGCAGCAGCAGCUCGUCAUUCCAACGCCGCGGAGCUAUUGACACGGCCUUUACUCAUGUCGGCAGCGGCGGCGUCAAGGUGCAGUGCAAUUCAAGGGGAGCCGUGAUGACGGUAGAGCAGGCGCAGGUGUUUCUGGAUUCGCCGAGCUCCGGAUCCAGUAGCAGCUCAGCGGCCAUGACUCUCUUUCUUAACCUUGUCAACUACGCUACCUUCGCGGGAUUCUCCUUUAACGAGUGGGUGAAUGGAGAUUUAAGUGGCCAGUGGGCCAUGGAAGCGGAGGUCAAUGGGUUUGGAACUAACUGGGAGACAAACUGGAACUGGUGCUUUGGAGUGGAGCAGGCGAGCUGUGAUAAGGAACUGUAA